CUUGAAUUCAAAGUGAAGGGAGAGAACCAGGUUACAAAAACAAGGGUUUAUUUAUUUACUUGUUCUGUGAUUUUUGCUUUGGUGAAAAAAGAAGAAAAAAAAGAAGCCAUGGAUGAAGAUCAAAUAGAAGGAUGUGUGAGCGGGUACCUGAAGGAGAAAGGGUUUACGCGCCAAAAGGGUGAAGAACUUCAACGCACCAACAACAACACUGAUUCUUCUCUCCAACCCGACACUGUCAAUCGCACCCAGUUGGAGAGAGGUUUUGCAAGAUACCAUGAUGGGUAUGGCAAGCUAAGAUCAUGGGCAUACAGGUCACUAGACUUGUAUAAGCCUGAGUUGCUGCGUGUGCUUUAUCCAGUAUUUAUCCAUUGCUUCAUGGAUCUUGUGGCAAAAGGGUAUCUUCAUGAAGCUCGGACCUUUUUUAAUUCCUUUCGUGAAGACCAUGAAACGAAGCACUUACGAGACCUUCAAAAGUUGGAAGGAGUUCUUUCUCCUACUCAUUUGGAGGAAAUGGAAUUCGCUCAUUCCCUUAGGCAAAGCAAAUUCAUCUUAAAGAUAUGUGGGCAUUCUUAUGAGCUUCUGAUGCAACAUCUGCACAGUACGCAAUCCACCACUAUAAUUGGUAUUAUCAAUGAGCAUAUUAACUUCCAAGUUACCACCGGACAACCUAGCUCAAUUUCUGAUGACCCAGAAGCUGUUACCCUCUCUGGAAGCAUCCAGGAUGCAGCCAACCUGAUAAAUCAAAAAGAAAUGCUCUGGGGGUUGCUUGACGACUUAGAAGACCGCAUAGAGAAGGCAGGGGCCUUGCUUUCAGACACAGAAAAGGGUUUAGGGGAAGCCAAAGCAGGAGAGCAUGAUGAGAGUAAGAAAAGGUUGGUUGACGGAGGAAAGCAAGGUGGCUCAAUAAAAAAGGUAAAAAAGGACAAGGCUGGAAAUGCAACAGGAAAAAGUGCAAAACCUGAAGCUAACUCCAUAUCAGCACCACCUUGCGUUAAACCAGAACUCCCCUUACCCAUAGGUUCAACUGAGCUAGAUCUGUCUAUCCUCGAAGAUUUAAGGAAUCGUGUACAAUUGAGUAGUGUUUCCCUGCCUUCAGUUAACUUCUACACAUUUACCAGUACACAUAGUAGUUUAAACUGUUCAUCAAUAUCCCAUGAUGGAUCAUUGGUUGCUGGAGGAUUUUCUGACUCAUCACUAAAGGUUUGGGAUAUGGCAAAGCUUGAACAGCCCACCAGUUCUUUUUCACAGGGAUGGAAUGAUACAUCACAAAAUGAACAAAUUCUUGGGCGAAAUGGCAGAAAAAGGCAGUACACAUUGUUUCAAGGUCAUUCAGGGCCGGUCUAUGCAACCACUUUUAGUCCUUUUGGGGAUUUUAUUCUUUCCUCUUCAGCAGACAAAACGAUUCGACUAUGGAGUACAAAGCUUAAUACCAAUCUUGUAUGUUACCAGGGUCACAAUUACCCUGUCUGGGAUGUUCAGUUUAGUCCUGCAGGGCAUUUUUUUGCCAGCUCUUCACAUGAUAGAACAGCUAGGAUUUGGUCCAUGGACAGAAUUCAGCCUUUAAGAAUAAUGGCAGGGCACUUGUCGGAUGUUGAUUGUGUGCAGUGGCAUGCCAACUGCAACUACAUUGCUACUGGCUCUAGCGACAAAACAGUUCGGUUAUGGGACGUGCAGAGUGGGGAGUGUGUUCGGGUUUUCAUUGGUCACAGGAGUAUGAUUUUGUCUUUGGCAAUGUCUCCGGAUGGUCGCUAUAUGGCAUCUGGUGAUGAAGAUGGCACAAUCAUGAUGUGGGAUCUCUCUAGUGGAUGCUGUGUCACACCUUUGAUUGGUCACACCUCAUGUGUCUGGACACUCGGUUUCAGUUGCGAAGGUUCUCUUCUAGCUUCUGGAUCCGCUGAUUGCACUGUAAAAUUCUGGGAUGUAACUACGGGUACAAAAGUUCCAAGGAACGAAGAAAAUAGGAGUGGGAAUACUAACAGACUCAGAUCAUUGAAAAAUCUGCCAACCAAAUCUACUCCAGUUUACUCUUUGCAGUUUUCUCGAAGGAAUCUUCUUUUUGCAGCUGGAGCUCUUGCAUAAUGUGGCUGGUAAACAAAUACCAGAUCCAAGUGACAAUUCCAAGACCUAAAAAACUAAGAGAAUGGUUAUAUUUACAAAUUAAAUUGUAUACAAACUCUUACAACAAAAUUUAACUCUUGAUUUUCGUCAAUUUAACAGAUAAUUUAUCGAGUUACACUUAUUAAUUUUCAAUAAAUUAUAACCGUUAGAUUGACAAAAAUCAAUGGUUAAUAUUGAGUUGUAAGAGUUUGUAAAUAAUUUAGUUUGUAAAUAUAACCCUUUCCAAAAAUUAAUGUUGAGCUGCUCCCAUGAUGUCUAACUUGUACAGUUUUUUUCCUUUUUUUUUCUUUUGUAAAUUUAUUUAAAGUUAUUUGAAUUGAAAUAUUCUGGCAGCAAGUUUUGCUCAUCUAAGCGUUGUGUUUUUU